GCGCACGCCGCCAAGGCCGACGACCUGCCCGCCGACAGCCUCGUCGCCAAGGCGUGGCGCGCCAUGAUGGAGGAGAUGGAGGCUGCGGCCAAGACGCUGCGCCAGAACGCAGAGGUGGUGGAGAGCCAGUCGCUGGAGGCGCUCAACAACAUCUACGCCGAGAAGCGGCGCGCCCGCAAGCAGUACAUGGAGGACUACAACAAGAUCGUCUCGCAGUUCUCACAGCUGAUGGAGGAGGUUUCCCGCAAGAAGACGGAGUACCAGAAGUACCUGGAGCUGUACAAGCUGAUGCGGUCCAGGUUUGAGGAGCACUACGUCAAAGCGGGCCGCGGCGGGCGCAAGCUGGACGAGGUGCGGGACAAGUUCCAGAAGGCGUGCCGGCGGCUGCACGCCACGCACAACGAGUACGUGCUGCUGCUGGCGGCGGCGGCGGAGGCGGAGCGCGCGCUGCGGCACCUGCUGCUGCCGGCCGCCGGCCGCCGCGCGCGCGCCGCCCACCUCGCGCUGCUGCCCGCCUGGCGACACGCGCUGCGCGCCGCCGCCCCCGCGCCCGCCCCCGCGCUCCAGGCCGCGCUCGACGCGCUCGACGACGCCGGCCGCGAGUACGACGAGUUCGCCGCCGACCCCGCCAGGUCGUCGCCGCAGGGGCCGGCCACGCCGACGCUGUCGUUCGACGACAGCCUGGUGGAGGACACGUCGGGGAAGCUGCUGCCCAACCAGCUGGCCGUGGACAACCUCACCAUCGAGGGCCUGCGCGCGCGCCUGCAGGAGCUGGAGGCCGGCGUGCGCGACAACCAGGAGCUGCAGCACCACCUCACCGCGCAGCUGCCCUCCGAGCCGGCCGCCAGGGAGCUGGUGGAGGUGCAGUGCGUGGAGCGGCGGCUGCAGCGGCAGCUGGAGAUGAUCCGCGGCGCGCUGAGCGAGCUGGGCUGCGAGGAGCUGCCCUCGGGCUGCGACCUCUCCCUGUCCGUGUCCGUGGAGGCCGCCUUCCGCCAGCCGCCCCUGCCCACGUCGCAACCUACAGUGCUACCGGUGAUCUACGCCGCUGCCCUAGCUUCUCCUCCCGCUCCGCAACGCCGCCCGGUCACCACAAACGACGCCACCGACGAGCCCGACCACACACCGACGGAGAGCGCCUCGGACGGGCCGCCGCCUCGGCCGGCCAUCGACGCCGCUCCGAAGCUGCCGGCGCAACCGGACGCUGACCCUGACCUCGGAAAUACGAUGGAGAUCGACUCGCUCACCGUUCCUACAGCGGCCUUUCUGCCGGAACGACGCGACUCCCUUCCGUCGUCGGACACGGAGGGUCGCACAAGGAAACAGCGUUCUCCGAAACGUCGCAAGCGAAGACGUCGCACAGUUUCCGGCCAAGAGGAGACGUUACAAGUCGAGGAUGACGCGAGGCCUCAGAACCCGCUACUGCUGACGAAGACCUCUAAUGCUCCCCACAUCCUCGCCUUCCGUGAACGGCGUCCCACGCUGCGCCACGGAUCCCCGUCACUCUCCCGCACCCGCCGAAGGCUGAGGCUGUGUGAUGGGUUUCAGGGAGGAGAGCGGCGCACGUCCGAGUCCACGUUCGCGCUGGUGAGGCAGCAGGUGCGCCACCACUUCGCCACUCUGCUGCGCAAACCGUUCCGCAGGAAAUCCGUCCCGUCCUCCCCCGCGGUGUCGGUGCGGGGGCUGCCCCCCUCUGCUGCUGGUGGUGGUGGUGGUGGUGGUGGUCGUGGUGGUGGUGGUUUGCGCGGGGAGAGGGGACACAGUGAGCCGGCUGACGACAAACUGGUGCCGAGCACGCAGCCGGGCGGCCGGCCGCUGCAGGAGGAGGAGUGGUUCCACGGGGUGCUGCCGCGCGACGAGGUGGUGCGCCUGCUGACGCACGAGGGCGACUUCCUGGUGCGGGAGACGGUCCGCCACGAGGAGAGCCAGGUGGUGCUCUCCGUCUGCUGGGCCGGCCACCACAAGCACUUCAUCGUGCAGACCACCGCCGACGGCAGCUUCAGGUUCGAGGGUCCCGCCUUCCCGACGGUGCAGGAGCUGAUCCAGUACCAGCAGCAGAGCCAGCUGCCCGUGACGGCUCGCUCCGGCGCCGUCUUGACCCGCGCCGUCUACCGCGAGCGCUGGGAGCUCAACAACGACGACGUCAUCCUCGUGGAGCAGAUCGGGCGGGGUAACUUCGGGGACGUGCACAGAGGUAAACUGCGAAAAACUGGGAUGGAGGUCGCAGUAAAAACCUGCCGAAUGACAGUCCCCGAAGAGCACCGUCGCAAAUUCCUCCAAGAGGGGCGCAUCCUGAAGCAGUAUAACCACCCGAAUAUUGUCAGGCUGAUUGGAAUCUGUGUGCAGAAGCAGCCCAUCAUGAUAGUCAUGGAGCUGGUUCCAGGUGGCUCGUUGCUCAAGUUCCUGCGCAGCCACGAGGACGGGCUGACGCAGCGACAGCUGCUGGGGAUGUGCCGCGACACCGCCGCGGGCAUGAGCUACCUCGAGUCCCACAACUGCAUCCAUCGUGACCUCGCUGCUAGGAACUGUCUCAUAGGCCAGAACAACAUAGUCAAGAUUUCGGACUUUGGCAUGUCUCGAGAAGAAGAGGAGUACAUUGUUUCUGAUGGAAUGAAGCAGAUACCUAUCAAGUGGACAGCACCAGAGGCCCUAAACUUUGGUAAAUACACGUCACUGUGUGAUGUGUGGAGUUAUGGCAUUCUCAUUUGGGAAAUAUUUUCUCGUGGAGGAGUGCCGUACAAUGGUAUGAGUAAUUCACAGGCACGUGAGAAAAUUGACAAUGGAUACCGGAUGCCGAAGCCCGACGGGACGCCAGACGAGAUGUACCGCCUGAUGCUGAGCUGCUGGGAGUACAAGCCCGAGAAGCGGCCACAUUUUGACCAGAUCCUGACGGUCGUCGAGACUCUGUACGGCGCUGCGAGGUAGAUCGUGGCCCGACUGUCACUACGGUGCCGAAAGCUGUGACCGUCAUUACGUAAUCGCUGAAGUGAAUUCGAGAAGAGCGGUCGCAGUGGUAUACUAGUCCGACCCGAGUGCCUCCGAACAGCUGGUAGAACACACCACUCUGUAUUUGUCAGGUGCUAGUCAUUAAGUCUGGCUGACAUAAUUGUGUCAAUACAGUAUUAUUGUGCCAAGUUUCUCAUUUAUUUCAGAGACCUAUGUAGCCAAUCUUUGUGUAGCUAUUAACAAGUGUAAAAUAGUAUAAAGCAGCUAGUGAACAAAAUUUCUUACCUGCUGUGCUAUGUGUACAGAAAUGUUAAUACUUUAAAAGUUAGUGGACUUGCUCAACAUCCUAUUCUUUUAUACUGAAAUUAUUUUACAUUACAAAUGUUUAAUCAGCCAGACAAAUUAGAGCCAAGAGACUGUUACUAAAGAAUCUCAGGAGAUUUGAAAUGUUGAGGCAGCUAAUGCUACAGUCACUGUUCAGCUUCUGUGUCAUCAUCUUUCACAUUUCUGGAAACGAGCGCUACUGUUAUGACCGUCUGUCCCAAAAUGUCUUUUGUCUUAUUGUUAACAUUAAUUGUGUGUAAAAUAAAAUGUUAGCAUGUUAAUAUUGUAAUUCAAUAAAGAAUAACAAUAAACC